AAAUUGUUUACUCUUAAUAUUCGUGCUGCAGUCAUAUUCACCGGCUGUUUUACUCUGUUCUGCAGUUAUUGAUAAUCGUAGUUAUUUUGGUACACACCGAGUGAAGUUGAUAGUGAUAUAGACGUUUUAUUCUUGGUGGCACACGCUUUAAGAAUACACCCUAAGGGAUGCACGCGACAUAUUACGUUCUAAUCUUGAAAGUGGUAUAUUUCUAAAUAAUUCUUAGUUAAUAUAAUUUCAAUAUAAAUUGUGAGAUUUUAUGAAUUUGCAUCCUAGUUUAGUGAUAGACAGACUUUGAUCCCAUUUAGUUCUUAAAAUAUACAUAGAAAUUCUGUACAGUUGAGAGGAAAAACCUUAUCUAUUGCGGUGCUGUAUCUCUAGAUAAUAAGAUUGACCUGGCUUGUCGGAAUAGGGUUGCAAGAAACGUAUGAAACUCACCAUCUAAUAUGAGUCUGAAAGCAAUCAAAUAUAGUAAUGGAAAUCUCGAGAUUUUGGACCAACUCUUACUUCCUGCUCAGUCCAAAUAUAUUGAUAUAAAAGGAGUCGAGGAUGGAUGGAAAGCCAUCAACAAAAUGCAGGUACGUGGAGCCCCUGCGAUAGCGAUUGUCGGCUGUUUAUCGUUGGCAGUUGAAAUAUACGAGGAAAUGUUUGGUUCAAAACAAAUUUUCAAGCAAGAAGUUGAAGGCAAGCUGAAUUAUUUGGUGUCCGCUCGGCCAACGGCAGUCAAUAUGAAGCUUGCAGCUGAGGAAUUAAUUUCCUUGGCAAACGUAUUAGCACAAGAUGAAUCUGUUCCAGUGGAUAAAAUGAAAGAAAGGUUUCUGAAUGCAAUCGAAGAUAUGCUUGAAAAGGAUAUAGCCGAUAAUAUGGCUAUAGGAAAAAAUGGUGCCAAUGAAAUUCUCUCCAACAUUCCUAAUGGUGGCUCCGUCCGGAUUCUCACUCAUUGUAACACCGGAUCACUGGCAACAGCAGGCUACGGAACUGCAUUGGGAGUUAUUAGAAAACUACAGGAAAUGAAUCGUUUAGAACAUGUCUAUUGUACUGAAACUAGACCAUAUAAUCAAGGAGCUAGGCUAACGGCGUACGAACUGGUUCAUGAUAAGCUGCCUGCUACGCUGAUUUUGGAUAACAUGGUGGCAUCACUUUUUAAAUCUCGCCGUGUUGCAGCUGUAGUAGUGGGAGCAGAUCGAGUGGCUGCUAACGGUGAUACAGCUAACAAGAUCGGAACCUAUCAGAUUGGGGUUGUAGCCAAGUACCAUAAUGUGCCAUUUUACGUGGCAGCUCCCUUCACAUCAAUUGACUUGAAAAUUCCGUCGGGUGAUCGCAUAGUAAUAGAAGAACGUCCAGAUCGUGAAAUGACUCAUGUAGGAGAGCACAGAAUAGCAGCGCCAGGGAUUGCAUGCUGGAAUCCGGCAUUCGAUGUUACUUCUGCUGAUUUGAUUACCGGUAUCAUCACCGAGAAAGGUGUCUUUAAACCAGAUGAACUGAAAGAAAAGGUUGAAACAAUAAUUUCUGUCAAUCAAAAGUUAUGAAAACCUCAACAAAUGAGC